CCAGAUGUUUCUAGAUUGUUGACAUAUUGGGCUGUCCUUCCAUCCAUUGUGGUUUGUCUGUCCACCGGUUUCCCGUGUUUUUGUUUUCCAAUUCGCUUAGGCAUUUACGAUGUUUGCCAUGACUGUACACAAGUGUCGGCAAUCCAUGUCCACGGGACUGGUCAAGACACCCGUCAUGACAGUUUUUCUCAGGGACGGUGUAUUCUGGUUCCUUGCUAUCUCACUUGUGUCUACCACCGAGCUGAUUCUGUGGCGCAAUGGCAGAGCAAGUCUGGCUGAAGUCCCCAUUGUCUUCCCAGACCGGGUACAUCACUGAUUGCAGUAAUCGGAGCAAGGGUUAUCCUGAACAUCAAAAGCCUAGCAACUCCCAAUAUUGACGAGACGCUAAAUCAGUUCGAACUAUCCACUGUUGGAGAACAUGUUGGCCGGGUUACCUUUGGAAGCGGGGGAGGUCGCCACCGGGGCAGUCUUUCGCGCGACUUUGAUCAAACGCCCUGGUACUUAAGGACCACUUGAGGAGCCAACGAAGACUGCAGGAAGAGAGAGAUGAACAGCCUGAGGCCAUCGGACUCUUUCGAACAGAACAUGUCUCCACAUAGUACAGAAUGACUGUUCCAUAUCUUCCGUUCGCUUCCAGAGCUCGUCG